AUGGAUGUCAGUUUUCAGUUGUUUAGAUUGGCUGUGAAUUUUAAGGUGAAAAUGAAAUCGACAAGGCGUGUUCGGGUACAUGAAGAUGCUAUACGCCAUAGUGAGUGUAAGAGUGGCGGCGACCGGCUGGCGACGCCGCGGAUGUCGCUACUUGGCAAACCGCUCAGCUACCGCGCCACGCGACGCGACGCGCGUUACCGCCGCCUUCAGUCCAAGUUCUACAAUUUCCUUGAACGGCCUAGAGGUGUUAAAGCUGUCCUUUACCAUAUGAUCGUAUUUCUGAUGGUGUUCAUGUGUUUAUCGCUGUCAGUUUUCUCAACAAUUGAAGAAUACGAAGCAAAAGCAGGAAUUGUCCUUUUCUACAUGGAGACAGUAGUUGUAAUUUGGUUCGCUAUCGAAUUCUUUUUAAGGUUAUGGUCGUCAGGAUGCAGAUCCCGGUAUCAAGGCUCAAUAGGUCGCCUCAAAUUUUUGAGGCGACCAUUUUGUAUUAUAGAUGUAACCACAAUAUUGGCAUCGGUAGUGGUGCUGGGUAUGGGAUCAUCGGGGCAGGUGUUCGCCGCGUCUGCCCUUCGUGGACUGCGAUUCUUCCAAAUCUUGCGCAUGGUGCGCAUGGACCGACGCGGCGGCACUUGGAAACUCCUCGGCUCCGUAGUGUACGCACAUCGGCAGGAAUUAAUAACUACGUUAUACAUUGGAUUCCUUGGGCUGAUAUUCGCCUCAUUUUUGGUAUACUUAGCUGAGAAAGACGUUGCAGACACAAAGUUCAAAAAUUUUGCCGAGGCGUUGUGGUGGGGUGUGAUCACGCUGUGCACGGUGGGGUACGGCGACAUGGUGCCGCAGACGUGGCAGGGCAAGUUCAUAGCCUCCUUCUGCGCACUGCUCGGGAUCUCUUUCUUCGCGCUGCCCGCCGGAAUACUGGGCUCGGGUUUUGCGCUCAAAGUUCAACAACAACAGCGUCAGAAACAUAUGAUUCGGCGACGUCAGCCAGCUGCAACACUUAUCCAGGCGCUGUGGCGGUGCUAUGCCGCUGACGAGCACUCCAUGAGUGUGGCCACUUGGAAAAUACACCAAGUACCUCUUCCCAGUCCGCAAGCCAGUCGAGUGAUGAGUGCGUCGUUCAAGAACAAUGCAUCCUUUGUGUCGCGCCUGCCGACUAUCCGCCGCCACAAGAGUACGUCCCUGCACUCUCCAGCGCCGCACUCCAAGCCCGCACACAGAUACGAUGUCAAUGCCAGCGCAGAAAAUCUUGAUGAAGACGAGGAGCCGCGCUGUGUCACUUUGACGUCGCGCCACAAAGCCGCCAUACGAUUUAUAAGAAAGCUCAAGUAUUUUGUCGCACGCAAGAGAUUUAGAGAAGCAUUGAAACCGUACGACGUCAAAGAUGUGAUAGAGCAAUAUUCGUCGGGACAUGCGGACCUGCUAAACAGAACCAAGAACCUGCAGUACAGGUUAGACCAAAUACUUGGAAAACAAGGAUCUAAAGCUAAAGAUGUCUAUGCAUCGAAAAUCAGCCUAGCUUCCAGAGUAGUUAAAAUUGAAAGACAAGUAGAUGAUAUAGAAAGUAAGUUGGAUCAUUUAUUAGAAAUGUAUAAAGAGGACAGAGGGGUGCCUCGGAGACUAGUGGGCAAUAGUACGAAUGGAGGAGGAGAGGGCGGUCCGUCCGGAGAGGGGGGACUGUUAUUGAGGAACAGGCCGGCGCUGACAGACAAGCAGUGUUCAGAGCCCAACUCGCCGGUGUCACGCACCUUCGAGCCGCCUCCGACCACGGCUGCGCCGCUCGUUCCCUACAAACGGCCUAUGAACCGAGGGUAUUCAGACCUGGGUAGCAGAUUUAUGAAAAAAAAAGUUAUCGUGAAGACAGCAAGUUCAAGUCGCAACGGUGAUUCCCCUAGAGACGAUGAAGUAGUUAUCGUAGUGCCGGACCGUGAGGUCACACCGCCCCGGCUCGUCACCGACAGCUCAGAAGUUUGCGCCAGUUGUUCUGCCGGCGCGGAAACAGAACCUCGGUCGGUGAGCUCGGGAUCUGCAUCCUGGUGCGAGGGUGACGCUGCGGAGGAACGUGGUUACGGCUCCGGAGACUCUCUAGCUGAAGACGCCGCACUGCUCGGCGACGCGGCACAAGCUUCACAACCCCGCAUGAUGCGCAACCAACGCCGGGAUGUGGCUGUCGACCUCCACCUCUUACGACCAGAUGUCUGA